AUGGAAUUCCAGAACCUAGACAACUCAAUUGAGAGCUCCGUGACCGGUUCAAUUCAAGGGAAGCCGCUGAACUUAAGACUCGAGUUGAGAAAGAGGGCUAGGCCAAGGAUAGGAGGGCUUUCGGGGACCGGGGAAGACGGGUGGAUUAUAGAGCUAGGGGCGGAUCGGAGGUUUGUCCAUUGGGAUUGGGCAUGGACGAGCCUCGACUCGGGCCAGCAAAAUGAAAAAAAACUUGUCCCAUCGCAUCGAGAACCGGUAAGUUGGACUAGCUGCUCCCAUUCCUCAAAGCCUGGAGUGGAUUCUAGGGGAAGGGCAGAGCCUCACCUUGCACUGCCACUCCUUGCCCUAUUCGGUCAAGCAGCUUCACUCCUCUCAAAUCCUAUUUUUUCAUCGAAUCGGGUGAAUUCUAAGCUUAUUCCGGUUGUUAAGCAGAAGAAGAGGGAGAAAGAAUGGGCACAGCCCCACGCCCGCAUUUUCGACCUGAAAGGAAUUGAAAAUGAAACAAGAAUCUGUGUAGUUGACUUGCUUACUCUAACAACCCGCCCUACGGAUAGGAGUUCCUAUCUCUACCGCCUAUCCAACCCGAAGAUUCUUAUUCAUGGUGGAGUGCUUCGAGUAGGAUCCGACCCCAAACCAGCAGUCAAACUCCUUAUCGACCCGACUCACCUGCCUCCGAAGCCGGAAUGCCUUUCUUUCUUUUAUAGAGGAGGCUACCCGAGGAAUCGAUAA